UUCCUCCACUUCAACAGAAAUCAUGGCAAACGUUUCCUGGACUGAAGGUGUCUCCAACAGGACAGCUGUCAGGUUGGAAGCAGACUUCCAGUAUUCCUUGUUUACUACCAUCUACAGCAUUGUGUUCGUGCUGGGACUGAUAGAAAACAUCUCAGCCCUGUACCUCUUGUCUAACAAAGCAAGGCAUACUUCUCCUUCCUACAUCUACAUGAUAAACCUAGCUCUGGCAGACACCUUGUUUGUUUGUGUGUUGCCUUUUAAAAUUCAUUACCACCUGAAUCGGAACAAUUGGAUCUUUGGUGACAUGGCUUGUAGGAUAACUGGGACUUUGUACUACAUCAACAUCUAUCUAAGCAUUGUCUUUUUCACCUGCAUUUGUGUCGAUCGUUACAUUGCAGUGCUGCACCCCUUCACGUACAUCCAGAUCAGAGUCACUCACUAUGUGGUGGUGGCCACAAUCCUUUGGGUGGUUGCCCUAAGCAUCAUGGUUGCGCUCAUUCUUGGUGGUCCCCUCCACAACAAAGGGCUCAGGAACACCACCAUGUGUUUUGAGAACUUUGCAAGGAGCAGCUGGAUUUCUCGCAUGGCCCUUUACAACAUCUUGGCCUUGGUUUUUGGUUUUGUCAUCCCGUUUUCCAUCAUUCUGAUCUGCUACCCUCUCAUUGCGAGGAGGAUCUCCCAGAUCAAACACAGCAUUCGCAAGAGGAAAGCUCUGACUACCAUCUACAUCAUCUUGCUCAUUUGUACUCUCUGCUUUCUCCCAUACCACCUCACCCAUUUCCUCCAUUUUUUAAUGAGAAGCCAGGUCAUCCAGAACAAAUGGUUUACUAAGCUGAUCUAUAAAAUGCGAAGGAUCACCUUAGCCCUGGUGAGUUUCAACUGUUGCCUUAACCCGUUCCUGUACUACUUCACCUCUUCUAGCAGGACGUGGCACUUCAACUUCAGGUUCAGAUUCAGGUCUAAAGUGGUGUACACCAUCUGUGAUCAGAAACUUGGAGAGUACUCCUAUAUUUAUAAACUACACCAGAGAUGUGAAAAUAAAAAACAGAGAGAUGGAAUCAACUGACCUACUCCAGAAUCACACAGCUUCUCAGCAGAGAACUGCUGAGUUUUCUACCCACAGAGUGGGACUGUACCAUCACAAGAGGAAAGAAUUUAUCAUUCACGAGUUACCAGUCACCAGGAAGCCAUGGGC